AGGUUUGGUACCUGGAAUGUAGGCACGUUGACAGGAAGAAGUUUGGAAGUGGUGGAGGAGCUGCAGAGGAGAAUGGUUGACGUGGCUGCAUUACAGGAAAUCAGAUGGAAGGGUGAGGGUACAAGGUUUGUGGGGGCUAAAGGUGGAAGAUAUAAGUUGUGGUGGAAGGGGGAUGAUGGUACGGGAGGAGUUGGUGUGAUGGUAAGAGAAGAGUUGGUGGAGAAGGUGUUGGAAGUGAGGCGGAGAAGCAAUGGGGUAAUUGUGGUGGUGAUGCUUCGCCUAGAAAAGCAAACAAUGAUUAUCUUUUCUGCAUACGUACCACAGACAGGCAAAUCAGAAGAGAUUAAAAAUGACUUCUGGACUGCAUUCUCUGACACCAUCUCAACAAUACCAAAAUCUGAAACCAUCCUGAUUGGAGGCGAUCUCAAUGCCCACGUUGAAGAGAAAACAGAUGGUUUUGACAACGUACAUGGCGGUUUCGGCUAUGGAGAACGGAAUGAAGAU